AUGAAGAAUACAUUGUCAAAUUUAUUUCUGAACAUUAAUCCAGCAAUGGCGGCGUCAAACACCAGUAAUGUUCUGAUGGGAGGAUUGGGGGCUCUGAAAGGGAUGAAAAAGCCGCCAAGAGUGCCAUUUGUUUCGGAAACGGUGUCAAUUGGUGAUAUUGACUGCUGUUUGCACACUUAUGAUCCCGUCUCGACCUAUUCAGGAACUCCGCCCAAGGCAUUGAUUGUCUUUUUCCAUGGAUGGAACGCCCACGGGACCUUUCCGACGUCGAGAAUUCUUGCUGACUUGAUGGUAGCAAAUGGGUAUGCCUUCAUGGCACCGGAUCUGCCUGGCCAUGGCCUAACUUCAGGGUUGCGAGGAUAUUUGGAGAGUGGAGAGAAGAUGAUUGACUUUGCCACCAAGAUUACUGAAUAUGCUUUUCAGUCAUACGUGUCAAGGGUUGCAGCCGAGAAGGCCAAGAGGGGACCUGAUGGAGGCAAUCCUGGUCUCAAGCUCUUUUUGAUCGGAUCCAGCCUGGGAGGAAAUCUUUCCCUUCAUGUGUCCCUUCGACGCAAAGACUUGGUAUCGGGGAUUAUCCUCAUGGCGCCCAUGCUCAAGAUUUCCUUGAUUACGCCGUUUCUGACAAAGAUGUUUACAAAGCAAUUGGCAGCUGCCCUUCCCAAAUUAGAAGCCAUUCCAAUUGGCAAGAAUUACAAUUAUAGAGAUCCCACGAUUGCCGAAGAAUGUGAAAAGGAUAAGUUGAAGCCUCACCAAGUGGGAGACAAAGGUAGGCUGGGAACAGUCCAAACAUUGUUUGAAUUGGAAAGAUUACUUCAGGAGCAAUUCGAGGAUGUUUUUUGCCCAUGCUUUGCCAUGGUUGGGGACGAAGACACAACCGUCAACAAUCAAGGUGCAGUGGACCUUUGCAGGAUUGCCCGAUCCCAGGAUAUGGCGCUCAAGCGAUACCCAGCUCGACACGGUUUGAUGGGAGAGCCAUCACCGUUGGUGGAUAAAAUGCAAUAUGACAUGAUCCGCUGGCUGGACGAAAGGUGCAGCAGUCAAGAAGUGUUUAUCCGAUCAUCCUUGUAA